GUACCUAUAUACAUAUUUAUUUAUUUAUUUUUAAUUAAUUUUGGCCAAAGGGGGUGAAUUUCAAUUUCUUACACACACUUGUUAUUACAUAUGUUGACCAGAGGGGGAGCACUUAAACAAAAAUGUACACACACUUGUUAUUUCAUAUGUUGACUGUAAAUUGUUUUGGGGCCACCCUCAUUUAGAUAGAUGUCACCAGCAGGGGUGCAAAUGAGACAUUGUCUAUUAGAUGCAAUGUUAUUGGGACCAUGAUUUAUGUCAUCACCUCCUCAUAUGGAAGAUACUUUUCCUUCUUCAUGUCUCAAGAAGCGCAGAAAUACAAGAACACACACACACACACACACACACACACACACACACACAGGAUGAGGAUGAAGAUGAUGGAGAAGAAGUAUGAGGGGCAGCAUCAGUAUCAUCAGCACCACUGAGGACAAAGUCAUGAAGAAGUAGUUUUGAGGAAGAACCAAGGAGACAUUUUCCCUGCUCCUCUUCCUCCUCUUCUCGUCGGCGGACCUCCUCCCAUCUCCCGCCGUGGGGUCUCAGCUGGCCGUGUCCCUCCCCCCGUCCCUCGCUCCCUACCUCCCGCGGGCUCUGCUGGGAUCCUCCGGGCUGCUGCGCGGCAGGAGGAUGUCUCGCAGGGCGUCUCCCGGCCCCGAGGAGCCGCGGAGGCGGGAGGUGGAGCGCCACGACGAGCGUCCGGAGCGCGCCGAGCCGCUGUCGGACGACGAGAGGGAGCUGAUCCAGGACACGUGGGGCCAGGUCUACAAGAACUGCGAGGACGUGGGAGUGUCCGUGCUCAUCAGGUUCUUUGUGAACUUCCCCUCUGCCAAGCAGUACUUCAGCCAGUUCCAGGACAUGGAGGACCCCGAGGAGAUGGAGCGCAGCUCCCAGCUGCGACACCACGCCCGCAGGGUGAUGAACGCCAUCAACACGGUGGUGGAGAACCUCAAUGACCCGGAGAAGGUGUCCUCGGUCUUGGCCCUGGUGGGAAAAGCUCAUGCUGUCAAACACAAAGUGGAGCCAAUGUACUUCAAGAUACUGAGCGGGGUGAUGCUGGAGGUGUUUUCUGAAGACUUUCCCGAGUUCUUCACGGCCGAGGCGCAGGUGGUGUGGAGCAAACUGAUGGCUGCGGUGUACUGGCACGUGACCGGGGCCUACACCGAUGUGGGGUGGCUGCAGGUGUCCAGCUCGGCCGUGUGAAAGCUUCAAUGAGGUCGAUGGAGGAGUUCUUUUCUGUGGACUUUUGGUACGAAGGAGAAUAUCCUUAUUUUUUUCUUCCAAUUUUAAUUUAUGAUUUUUACAAGUAAGAUUUUUUAUAUAUUUAUUGGGACGUUUUUAUCAUUUUUGUUAAGCAAAGGGGAACUGCACUUUUUUUUUUUUUUUUGCCUAUCAUUCAUAAUCCUUACGUACGACAAGAACACACAUUUAAAAAAAAAAGAAAGUAUUUUAAAUGAUAAAAUACGGCCAGUACAAAGUGGCUAAUGUUGCGUCUGACCAGUCUUCCUCUCAGGGAAUCCAAGUCACUGGUCAAUCCCAAGUUCUUUCAGAUGACAUAUAUGCAGAGUAAGAAGGACCAUCAAGACAGAAUAGGAAUAUUAUCAAGUUUUACUAAAGCUUUAGGAGACCAGCCCUACGGUCCAUUAAUAGCGGCAUCUAGAAGUGGUCUGAAAGCCAAACGGAAAGAGACAACUUAUUGAAUAGGAAAACAGCCCCCACCCUGCCCAGAAAGGAAUACAGCCUCAUUGUUCUAAUACUGAUAAGGUAAAAAGGGAGUAUACCAUACUCCCACAUUCCAACGCCUUCAAGGUAAGGCACAGAGUUUACUUGCGGACAUAAGAUACAAGCAUAAAGAGUAGACAUGGGAAAAUAUUAGCUGCUUUAAACAUGAAAAUAAAUGCAUUGUCCACACUAACAAUGCAGAGUGUCCAUAAAGCUCUCUAAAAAGUGCCAACAAUACUGCAUUCACAUCUUGUGACCUGAAUAUUAAGCAAGUAUUAGCCAUUUUGUUAUUAUAAGUGCUAACGCAGACAAACUAUUUUGAUCUACCAUGAAUUGAUUAACGUGGACCCCCGACUUAAACUAGUUGAAAAACUUAUUGGGGUGUUACCAUUUAGUGGUCAAUUGUACGGAAUAUGUACUUCACUGUGCAAUCUACUAAUAAAAGUCUCAAUCAAUCAAUCAAUCAAUCACAGUGAGCUAACUAGCUUAUGCUUCUCUAUUGACAUAUUGAGUCGGUGAGCUGCUGCAUCGCCUCUUCGAUGGUGAAAGUCAAUUCUGGAUUAUAAAUCCUGCCUCUCACCUGGAUAGUAGAAGGUUGUGGUCAUAAUCCAUACAGUUGGUCAACUCUGACAUUCAACUUAUAACAGAGUAAGACAUUAAAAAAGUCUUUAAUUCUUCAUCUAAACGUGACGAUGUAAACAUCCCGUAAGUCGGCAGCCCUGUGAUAGCAGACAUUGUACAGUAAGUGAUUGUUUUAUUACAUUAAAAAAAUCUUUAAAUCUUCAUCUAAACGUGACGAUGUAAACAUCCCGUAAGUCGGCAGCCCAGUGAUAGCAGACAUUGUACAGUAAGUGAUUGUUUUAUUAUGUUUGUAUAUAUAUCUUGUUCAGCACUUAGCAAGACUGCUACAUGCUGCUUAGCUGGGUCUGUUUAGCUACUAAAAGGUGCCGCUCAUUCAGGUUUCAAAAAUAGAAGGUUCUGGAUCAUCAUUUGUCCCAAAGUACCGUAAUUUCCGGACUAUAAGCCGCACCCGACUAUAAGCCGCAGGGUUUUGAUGUGUAAUUAGCGUAGUAUAUAGGGGUUCCUGCUACCACGGAGGGGAUUGUCGGGACAGAGAUGACUGUUUGGGAACACAAAGCGUCCCAUUUAUUAACAAUAAAUCUUUCAAUCAUUCAAUCAAACUUUCACAUCUUUGACAUGGCGAACAGCAUUCGUGCAGAGUACAAAUAAUACAACGCUGCAAAGUAAUACAAAGUGCUCGCCUGUACGUUAUCAAAAUAACCAAAGUCAGUCUUUAAUCAUUGUGUCAUCGUCUUCCUCCUGCGUACUAAAACCACCCAAAUCCUCUUCGUCGGUGUCGGAGAAGAACAGGUCGUAUAUAAGCCGCACCCUUGUAUAAGCCGCAGGGACCAGAACGAGGGGAAAAAGUAGCGGCUUAUAGUCCGGAAAUUACGGUACAUUUAUUAUUUAUUAGUUCACUUCUUUGAGAGAUGGCACAACAAAAGAAAAACAUGCGUUCUUGUCUUACAUAAGGAUUGGGAAUGGAAUGAAAUAAGUUUGUUUGGGUCAUAUAAUCAACCAUUUAGUGUGAGCAGUUUAACAGUACAGAUGAGACAUAAUAUUUAACAAUCAUACACAUUUACACACGAAAAAGGAAUAGGCUGAAGCCAAAGCUUAUAUUUGCCUAUCACUGAAAAUAUUACCUGGAACAUCAACAUUAAAAAAAAUCAAUUGGAUGAAAGUGAUUGUUACUACAUUUGAUCAUUUUCACCCCCGUAAAUGAUAGUUUUCUCCUCUUAAUGUAAAUAAGCUAAGAAUGCAAGCUGUUGUUCUUUACUCCAAACAUCAUUUCCAUUGUUUUUAAACACAAUAUCUGAACAUUUGAACACAUUACAACGUAUAAAUAUUAGAUUGGUAUGUUCAUAGUAGCACGA